CCCAGGUAGCCCACCUGGAGGUCGCUGCCGGUCUCUCCUCCUCCUCCUCCUCCUCCUCCGCUGCCCCCCCUCGCAGUGUGGGCGAGGUGGACGCGGAGCUGGAGGCGGAGGAGGCGGGGCGGCAGGCGGCGGAGGCGGCAAGGGACGCGGCACUGCAGAGGAUGAACAGGCUGCGCGACGAGGUGUUGGCCGCCCAGCGAGUGGCAAUGUCGGCCCAGCAGCGGGCGCUGGAGGCAGCAGCGGCAGUACACAAGGUGCAGGAGCUGCAGAACAAGAUUCGCGAGCUGGAGUCCGCCAGUGUCGUGUUGGAGGGCGAGGUGGCGGCGGCAGCGGCCCUGCUGGCCCCCCUGGAGGCGGAGAGGGAGGCGGCGGGGCGGGGCAGGGAGGAG